GUUAGCGUCACUAGCUACGGUGCCUCGGGUGGGCUACCCUUCUCGUGCAACUGCUGAUUUGCUGGCUAGCUCAUGGAACAUUCAUUCAAAAACCGCCCAUCGCAAACAGAACCUUGAGUGAGUUGAGUCUUUUGAGUUUUUCUUCCAACAGGAAAUGAUAAACAAAUCACAAAGCCAAACGGUAUGAUUUUGUCAUGGGCACGUGCAUACAACUUCAUUCACAUUUUUUUCGAAAAUACAACUUUAGACCUUAGAGACUUGAAACUUGAUGGUCCUUGUGAACUGGAGUAUACCCUAGCUUUCUAGCUUUCUGGACGUUGUUGUUCGCUAUCCGUUAUAUUAUUGUGUUAGUGUUAUUGAUUUUUACGAACGUUGCCAUCUGAUCUUGAAGCAGAAAUGGGUUUGGGAUCUCGGAUAAGGGAGAAGUCUCCUCGUCUUUUUAAUGUUUUUGCUGAAGUGGUUGGUCCCUCCGAAGAGCAAGAAGGUUGGAUUCUUCAAAAAUUUCCUGACGAUUAUACCGAUCAGGAGGUUUUGAAAGUUAUUCCCAUGUUUUGCUUUCCCACUGGAAUAUGCAAUCCCGGUCCAGUGCAGCAGUUCUGCUUCGUCCUGACAGACGUAGAGAGCAAAUUCGUAUUUGGAUUUUGUCGACUAAGCACCGAAGGGAAACAUUGCAUCUGCAUUUUAAGCUACUUACCCUGGCACGAUCUGUAUUAUAAAAUGUUGAAUUAUAUCAUGGAACUUAUGACGAAAAACCCCAGCGAUGAUUCCAUUGGAUUUCUUCGCACGGCAUAUCAGACGGUUGUUCCCAGUGGGGGUGAGGAGCUGCACGUUAUAUACAAACUGCAGAAAGUGGAAUUCCAGGCAUGGUGUCCGGAUAUGAAGAAGCUACCUACAAUACCGGAAAAUCGUGCCAUGACGGAAUUCUAUAAUGCCCUCGAUGUCAACAACAUGAUUACAAUUUUUGCCAGCUUGUUAAACGAAAGGCGAAUCAUUAUUACAUCAAACAAGCUUGGUCGACUUACCGCUUGUGUAAUGGCGUGCAAUACUAUACUUUAUCCAAUGCACUGGCAAUGGAUUUUCGUUACGGUUUUGCCAAAGAAGCUGCUGGAUCAUGUGAUUGCUCCAAUGCCAUACAUUAUUGGAGUUCCCGGUGAAUUACUUUCAGCGGUUUUGGAAAUGGAUCUCGGUGAAGUUGUGAUUGUCGAUUGUGAUCAGCGCGUUGUGAAGACGCCGCACAAGGAUGUUCAGGACCUGCCCAGUGCCGUGGUGUCAUCCAUCAGGAACUCUUCGGGAAAUAUGUUUGGAGAUGGUGUGGCGCGUGCAUUCAUGCGUGCCCUGGUUGAACUUAUUGGUGGAUAUCGCUUCGGGUUGAGCUUUCCGCCUGGUGAAAAGUGUAAUUUCGAUAUGGAGAAGUUCAUCCGCAACAGACCGGCAGUUUUUCAGCCAUUUUUAGUAAAGUUAGUAAAUCACCAAAUGUUCCGCCAGUUUAUUGAUGAACGACUGGAACUACUAAACAAAGGCGAGGGCUUCAGCGAUGAAUUCGAGCAAGAAGUCUCUCUGUUAAUUGAUCAGGACAACGAAUCCAGCGAACGUUCGUCUAUUGCCGCUCAGUACCGUCGCUGGAGCACAAGAGGCGGAAAUCUCCUAAAAAGCGUGACCAACAAGAUGAAAGACAGGAGCAAAGAAGCUGUAAAAAGAAUCAACGCAAGGAUGCAGGAGGUUAAUGUUAAGGACAACUUUUCCAUUCCCGAUAUUUUAUCGCUUUCUGAUACGAAAGACCCUCCGCCUGGCAGCCCCAAUCAUCGACGACUCUUUUCCACAAAUACUCCGACAUCUGGAAGUUUGAAAACAUCUUCGAUGUAUCUGAAUGAAAUGAAUAGAAUGUCAGUCAUGAAAGUUCCCAGUGAAGACGAGGAUGCUUUUAGUGAUAAAAGCUUUGCAUCUACAUCGACGCCCGAGAAAAUGGGUUCCCAAAUUCUCCCAGAAACACAAGAUAUUUUAACGGAUAGCUUGUCAGUGUCUGUUGACGAAGCAUUGAUUGAUCUCGAAGACGAAGCAGAUAAACGAAAACAAAAGGUGAUGGAAAUAGUGAAUCAGAACAAGUAUCAAAUACCUAGUCCGGUUAUGAUACCCAUGCGCAACGGAAUGCCAGGCCAAAACCAAUCUCCAGCGCCUCCAUCCUGGCCACGCAUCUCCCUGGACGAAAUAAACUCACGUAAAGCUACUCUUCUCCCAGCCAUUCGCAGUACGGCGCCUCAACAGACACGUUCCGUAUUUUAUGACAAUUUUCCGGCUAACAUUUCUGGAUAUUCGACUAACCCACGAUUCGUUGGCCCGGCUAGUCCAUCCAGUUCCACAUUCUACAGAAAUUUGACGCCUGGUGCGAACGAAUUCGCGGCUUCAACGAGAGCCGACAGCACCAUUGAUUCGAACAACAGAGGGAGUGGCAGUGUUCGACAGCCCAUACGAGCGCAUCCUCAAAACCCGGCUACCUCUUCAUGGGAAAAUUUUGACAAAUAACAAAAACAGAAUUGUGCCAUGGCUUAUCCAUCUCCGAAACUGAAAUGUUGUGUUCCUAGUUGCACCAAAGUCUUUCCCGUGUAGAGAAACACAUGUAAUUUAACUUGUCAUAGUAACUAUUUUGGGUGAUAAGUAGUAUUUGACAUCUGGACUUUUCCUGCUUGUAUUAAAAAAAUAGUUUCAAGCGCUUGGCAGCACUUUCAAGGUAUUUUGUUUAACAAAACGGAUGAAAAAACAUCUCAAGAUUUUC